AUGGCCAGUGACGACGAUAUGAGCAAGUUUUUCACCACCAUCACCCCGGGAGCGUUCAGAGCGUUGCAACAGAGCAAGCACGGGGUGAGAGUGGUGCCAUUGGACGCCACCUGGUACCUCCCCAACGUGGCCAAGCUGGCGGUGGAUGAAUUCAAACGCCAGCGCAUUGCCGGCGCCGUCUACUUUGAUUUGGACAAAGUGGCGUCGGAACUGAAAUACCCCCACAUGUUGCCUCUGCUCCAGCAGUUUAAGCUUGCCAUGGACGCGUUGGGGAUCAAUAAGGACGACAAGCUUGUCGUGUACGACCGCCAGGGGACGUUCCUGGGUCCCCGUGCCGCGUGGACGUUGUCGUUGUACGGCCACCCUAAGGUGUAUGUCUUGGACAACUACCUUGCCUACGAACUGCACGGCUACCCCAUUGAUGACUCCAAGGUCGAUAACGUCACCCCAUUGCCUGCCAGUGACUACGAGGUGAUCCCUGAAGAAGAGUUUAAGCAAAACUACGAACAACAGGUGAUUGAAUACGACGAAUUGCUUAAGUUGGUUGAGGACGGCAAGGUGGGUUCCGAGGUGAUCUUGCUCGACGCUCGUCCCCACGCCCGCUUCACUGCCGAGACCCCCGAGCCUCGUCCUGGCGUGAAGCUGGGUCACAUUCCGAGAUCGAAAAACCUCCCUUUCCCCAAGCUUCUUAACGAAGACAAGACAUUUAAGUCGAAGCAAGACUUGGUUAAGGCGUUUGCCGAUAUUGGCAUCGACGCCACCUCGGCGGAAGCCUUCCUUGGCCCUCACAAGGAAGUGAUCGUGCUGUGUGGGUCGGGCACCACUGCCGUCAUCGUCAAGUUCGCCAUUCAAAACGUGCUUGGUCUCGACGUGCCGGUGAGAGUCUACGACGGCCUGUGGCUGGAAUGGGGCGACAAGGCUCCCGAGGAGCUUGUGGUGACGGGGGAAGCUUAA